AUGCGUUUUGCUACCCCCCCUCUCUCUCUAGCGCUGCUUCUCUGUAGCGCGGUGUCCGCCAUUCCAUCUGAAGGAAUCUUUGAGCGUGCUGUGGGCUCCAGCUGCAAUACUAUGGACGCAAAGGUAAAUGCAUGGCAAAGAGCAAGUGCGAUAAGGUUUGCUACGAUGGAGUCUGUGGGAAAAACUCUGGCAAUAUCCGAUGCUGCGUUCCCGUCAAGUGUAAAGUUGGCGGUAAAUCGGGACUGUGCAAAACCACCAAAAGAUCGGGAUGCAAUUGUGGGAAAUUUCAGAGGAGCAGUGGCAUGCGUACAUUGUCACUACAUUCUUACAAUUCUUUCCAAAGGGCCCCUGCAUUUGCCCUCCCUGUGCAACAACAGAAAGUUGGCCAUCAGGCUUACUCGAUGGUAUAGGUUUGCCCUGCUGGAGGAGACGUUCAAUGCUGCAUCAACAAGAAAGGCCGCCAAACCACCCGAGGAUGAUGCUCCCAAGUCUAAACUUCCCAAGGUUAAGACUCCAGGAAAGAAAACCGUUGGCCAAUAG